AUGGAAGGCGAGAACGGUGCCAGACCGCGUCCGGGGCGUGGUCCUCCAGCCCCGCCGCCGCCACCAGGUCACGAGGAGACUAACGGCGGCGGUGGGCACCGGCGUGGUGGGCAGACGAAGCAGAUCAUCUGGCCGCGGCGCCUCCGCCGCGUGGCCGUAGCUCUCGCGGUAAUGAUCGCGGCCGCCGUCUACCUUCUCUUCGCCGAGGCUCUCGCUGCACCGCCCGAUUCGGCCGCGUGGUUCUUCGUGGCCUUUGCGCUGUGGAUCAUCGGGCUGGUCAUGUUGUACUCCUGGAUGAUGGACUGA